UUCCCGCAGCACACACACACACACACACACACACACACACACACAGAGCUAGCUGUCAAACACUGAAUCUUGGCGGAUAUCAGCUCAAAACAACGGACAGCAAAACCCGAAAAUGAACCACAGCAUCGCGCAGGACAAUGGGAUGAAAUACAUUUGGAGUCUUAGCACCGAGGAUCUGUGUUUUAGAAAUAUAAUAUAAUAGAAUAUGAAAGCUACACACUAGCCAACAACACAGCAAAACACAAGAGUUUCAGCGUUUCCUCAUUUAUUUUUGGACUCGUGAAGGAUGGAGUGGGACAAUUCUGGGAUAUUUGACGAGAGUCGAGCUGCUGAAAGACGUUAACGAUCUUUAUAACUGUUGCGUAGUUGUGGGUUUGUUUUAUUCUGUUUGUUUACAGUUGCUGUGUUAACUGCCAGCAGAUUGCACAGUGGUUUUAAAUCCUAUCGUAGCAUUUUUGGGUGAUUUGUUUACGUGUGUUUGGUGGUACACAAGAGCUCCAGUAUGCAUGACGCAUACGAACCAGUCCCUAUCCUGGAGAAGUUACCCCUCCAGAUCGACUGUGUGGCGGCCUGGGAUGAUUGGCUCCUUGUGGGGACCAAACCAGGCCAUCUCCUUCUGUACGGGAUCAAGAAAGAUGCAGGUACAAACAGGUUUGAAGUUACAUUAGAGAAAUCCAAUAAGAACUUCUCAAAGAAGAUUCAGCAGCUUUUUGUGGUGUCACAGUACAAGAUUUUGGUUAGUCUGUUGGAAAAUAACAUCCACGUUCACGACCUGCUCACGUUCCAGCAGAUAACUGUCCUGUCCAAAGCCAGAGGAGCCACACUGUUUGCCUGUGACCUGCAGCAGUCCAGCUCAGGCGAGGCCAAACUGCGCAUGUGUGUCGCGGUCAAGAGGAAAAUUCAGCUGUAUUACUGGAAGGACCGAGAUUUCCAUGAAUUACAGGGAGAUUUCACCGCUCCAGACAUUCCCAAGUCCAUGGCUUGGUGUGAGAACUCCAUAUGUGUGGGUUUCAAACGAGACUACUAUCUGAUCCGGAUGGACGGACGUGGCUCAGUCAAAGAACUGUUCCCCACAGGGAAACAGCUGGAACCACUGGUGGCCCCGCUGGCUGAUGGGAAGGUGGCAGUGGGUCAGGAUGACCUCACGGUUGUCUUGAACGAAGAGGGCGUCUGCACUCAGAAAUGUGCCUUAAACUGGACAGACAUUCCUGUUGCUAUGGAGCACCAGCCUCCGUACAUCAUCGCAGUGCUGCCCCGCAAUGUGGAGAUCCGCACCCUUGAGCCCAGACUGCUGGUGCAGAGCAUAGAGCUGCAGAGACCGCGCUUCAUCACCUCCGCUGGAUCAAAUGUGGUGUACGUCGCCAGCAAUCACUUUGUUUGGCGUCUGGUGCCCAUCUCUAUAGCCAGCCAGAUACGACAGCUGCUGCAGGACAAACAGUUUGAGCUGGCGCUUCAGCUAGCGAAAAUGAAGGAUGAUUCAGAUGCAGACAAGAGACAACAGAUCCAUCACAUUCAGAACCUGUUCGCCUUUAACUUGUUCUGUCAGAAACGCUUUGACGACUCCAUGCAGGUGUUUUCUAAGUUAGGCACAGAUCCCACUCAUGUUAUUGGCCUGUAUCCAGACCUGCUCCCCUCUGACUACCGGAAACAGCUGCAUUACCCCAAUCCUCUGCCCACGCUCUCUGGAGCCGAGCUGGAGAAAGCCCAUCUGGCCCUCAUCGACUACCUGGCACAGAAACGCAGUCAUCUAGUGAAGCAGCUGAACGACACGGACCCUUUCGCCACCUCUCCUCUCGUGGAGGGGACCCCCACCAUCAAGAACCGCAAGAAGCUCCUUCAGAUCAUCGACACCACGCUGCUGAAGUGUUACCUCCACACCAAUGUAGCCUUAGUAUCGCCUCUCCUGCGUCUGGAGAACAACCACUGUCACAUAGAGGAGAGCGAGUAUGUGCUGAAGAAAGCCCACAAAUACAGCGAACUCAUCAUCCUCUAUGAGAAAAAAGGCCUUCAUCGGAAAGCUCUGCAGGUUCUGCUGGAUCAGUCCACCAAAGCCAACUCUCCUCUGAAGGGGCAUGAGAGGACUGUACAGUAUCUUCAGAGACUGGGUGUGGAGAACCUGGGCAUCAUAUUUGAGUUCUCGCCGUGGGUUCUGAAGAUUUGUUCAGAAGAUGGACUGAAGAUCUUCACUGAGGACCUGACGGAGGUGGAGACUCUGCCCAGGGACAAGGUGUUGAACUUCCUGAAGGAGGGCUUCAAGGAGCUGGCCAUCCCGUACCUGGAGCACAUCAUUCACCUGUGGGAUGAGACCGGGCCCGAGUUCCACAAUGUUCUGAUCCAGCUCUACCUGGAGAAGGUGCAAGGCCUCAUGAAGGUGUACCUCAACUCACUUCCUGAAGGUGUUCCAGCUGUGGCUGCAGGACAGGAGGAGGGAGAGCUGGGAGAGUACAGGAACAAGCUUCUGGCGUUUCUGGAAGUGUCCAGCUGCUAUGAGCCAGAGGCACUCAUCAGUGAUUUCCCGUUUGACGGUCUGUUGGAGGAGAGGGCUCUUCUUCUGGGUCGUAUGGGGAAACAUGAGCAGGCUCUUUUCAUCUACGUUCACAUUCUCAAAGACACACGUAUGGCUGAAGAGUACUGCCACAGUCAUUAUGAUCCAUCUGCAAACGGCAAAAAAGAUGUGUAUCUGUCCCUGCUGCGCAUGUAUCUGUCUCCUCCAGACGUGCACUUCCUCGGGCCCAUAAAGAUGGAGUUGUGUGAGCCACAGCCCAACCUCCAGGCAGCCCUGAGAGUCCUUCAGCUCCACCACAGCAAACUCAACACCCCCAAAGCCAUAAACCUGCUGCCAGCUAACACACAGAUCCGAGAGAUCCAGGUGUUUCUGGAGAGUGUGCUGGAGGAGAGGGCUGGGAGGAAGCGCUUCGACCAGGUCCUGAAGAGCCUCCUACAGGCCGAGUUCCUGCGGGUGCAGGAGGAGCGUAUCUUCCACCAGCAGGUGAAGUGUGUCAUCACAGAUGAGAAAACCUGCAGGGUGUGCAAGAAGAAGAUCGGAAACAGUGCCUUUGCCAGGUAUCCUAACGGUGUGGUGGUUCACUACUUCUGCUGUAAAGAUCGCGGUGCGUGUCCAGAGGAGUAGUUGAGCCUGCAGACGGGAGACGCCAAACACGCCGAGCACAGAGAGCUCGGCAAACAUGAACACACAGACAGGACACGCCAGUCUCUC